CGCACCGGAAGUGCUUCAGCGUAAACAGCCCGUCGUCGAGCGGAGCGCCAUGGGCUCGAGCGGAGCGGCGACGCGCGUGCUUCUGGCCGCUCUGUGCGGCGUGUGCCAGGCGCUGCGGGGCGGGAUGCUGUUCCCCACGGAGUCUCCCUCCAGAGAAGUGAAGGACGCGAGCGGCCUGUGGAGCUUCAGGGCGGACCUGUCCCCGGAGCGGAACCGCGGCUUCGAGCAGGAGUGGUACAAGAGUCCGCUCGCGGAGACGGGGCCCGUUAUUGACAUGCCGGUGCCGUCCAGCUACAACGACAUCACACAAGACAGCAAAAUCCGUGACUUCAUCGGCUGGGUGUGGUAUGAGAAGAGCGUAUGGGUGCCGUCGCGCUGGAUCCAGGACCGGGAAACACGGAUCGUGCUCCGAGUGGGAAGCGCUCACUAUCACUCAGUGCUUUGGGUGAACGGGGUCGAGGUGACCGAGCACGUGGGCGGCCAUCUCCCGUUCGAGGCGGACAUCGGCGGCGUCCUGCGGAGGACGAGCGGCGGCACGUGUCGGAUCACCAUCGCCGUGAACAACACUUUAACUCUUGAGACGCUUCCACCGGGAACCAUCCAGUACAUGAGCGAUCGCACCAGAUACCCGGCUGGCUACUUCAUUCAGAACACCAACUUUGAUUUCUUCAACUACGCUGGACUCCACCGAGCGGUCCUGCUGUACACCACACCGAAGGCGCACAUUGAUGACAUCACAGUGGAGACGACCUUCUCUGAUAACAUCGGGCUGGUCGGGUUUAACGUGUCCGUGCUGGGCAGCUCUAAACCCGCUGUGAAGGUCACGCUCUUCGCUCAGGACGGCAGAUGCGUGGCUUCGGCCGACGGCUCCAGAGGGGUCCUCAAAGUCACAGACGUCAACCUGUGGUGGCCCUAUCUGAUGCACGAAAACCCAGCUUACCUGUACUCCAUGGAGGUUCAGGCGACAGCAGAGGACGGACAGACGGACGUUUACACUCUUCCUGUGGGAAUUCGGACCGUUAAAGUCACCAGCACACAGUUUCUCAUCAACAACAAGCCCUUUUACUUCCACGGAGUCAACAAACACGAGGACGCAGACAUCCGCGGGAAGGGCUUCGACUGGCCUCUGGCGGUGAAGGACUUCAACCUGAUGAAGUGGAUGGGAGCCAACUCGUUCCGCACCAGUCACUAUCCCUACGCCGAGGAGAUCCUGCAGACGGCCGACCGCCACGGCAUCGUCGUCAUAGACGAGUGUCCCGGAGUAGGAAUCAAAGACAUACGCAGUUUCGGGAACGUCUCUCUGGCUCAUCACCUGACGGUCAUGGAAGAGCUGGUCCGGCGUGAUAAGAACCACCCGUCUGUGGUCAUGUGGUCUGUGGCCAAUGAGCCGGCGUCUGAAAUGCAGCCCGCCGGAUUCUACUUCAAGGAGCUGGUGUCUCAUACGAAAUCUCUGGAUUCGUCUCGGCCGGUCACGUACAUCACAGCCAGCAACUACGCCAGAGAUCUGGGGGCUCCGUACGUGGACGUGAUCUGCGUGAACAGCUAUUUCUCGUGGUAUCACGACCCGGGUCACACAGAGAUCAUCGCUCUUCAGCUCAACACUCAGUUUGAUAACUGGUACGGCAAAUACCAGAAACCCAUCAUCCAGAGCGAGUACGGAGCAGACGCCGUGGCCGGCCUCCACAGCGAUCCACCCAUGAUGUUCACAGAGGAGUAUCAAAAGACGGUCCUGCAGAACUACCACAACGUGUUCGACCAGAAGAGGAAGGAGUUUGUGAUUGGAGAACUGAUCUGGAACUUCGCCGACUUCAUGACGGCUCAAACUAUCACUCGAGUGGUUGGGAAUAAGAAGGGAGUCUUCACUCGGCAGCGGCAGCCCAAAGCCGGAGCGUUUCUGCUGCGAGAGAGAUACUGGAGGAUCGCCAAUGAGACAGGUGUGCUGCCCACCUGGGCCAGGUAUCCCUGCCAGUGAGCCAGAUUAGCUGCUUCCUGUGACCAGGUCAGAACGGACUGUUUAUCAAGCGGAAGUGCCUUAUAUGUGCCACACUAUGACAAUCACGCCUGUGGGAGAAUCACAGACUCGCGGGAAUCCACAUGCUGUUUGUUCUUCCUGAAGACACAACUUUCUAUCGAUUGUUUUGAUUUGCUUCUGAAUCACAGUAACACUAUUAAGCUGGAACAGGAACGUUUAUUUCCUUUUAAUGUGCCUUUUUGUGGCGUUCAGACUCUGGGAUUUUUAUUGUGAACGUUUGCAAUGAUAUUCAGAUGAGAGAAUCUUUAAUGAAACCUGUGGAGAACGUGACCGGCUCAUCUUUAACCUCUAAAAAGAUCAUAAUUCUGCUUUAAAGAAACAUUUAGGACCGGCAAUUGCAUUAUUUAGCAUUAAUAUUAAGACACAUUUAUCCCCAAUUUCAAAACACCUAAUAAUAUUUGGUUUACUUCUAAUGCAGAUUUCUAUAAUAAUAAUAAUAAUACUGUUAUGUAAUUAUAUCUAAUAAUAAUCCACUAAGGAUCAUUAACAUGAUUUAAAUAUGCUUAUAUUAUGGCUAUAUUAACUUCAUUCAGAAUUAUAUUUCAAAAAUAGCUGCAUUGCAGUAAUUGCAAUAUCUAAUGAAAAUCUAAUAAGGAUCAUUAUUGAGAAUAAUAAUAAUAAUAAUAAUAAUAAUAGCAAAAGAAAUUUUUUUGAGGAGAAAUGUGAGCCAGGUUUCUGCUUAAUGAAUAAAUGUCAGUGUAAAUAUACUCAUGCUGUGUAUUUCACUGUCAUUUGUUAUGAAUUUUUAUCUUCUGGUAAUAAUUGGCUCCAGUCUUUUAAUGACCAAGAUAUUUCUGAUUUUAGUUUCUUCUCUGUGUGUGUGUGUGAGUGACCAGUGACGUGUUGAUUUUUAUACUGUACUUUAAUUACUUCAUGAUGAAUCUUUAGUACAUGUGCACAUUGCAGACAUUCCUCAACGAUGGCAUCCAAAUAAACCACAUUCCAUCAGA